AUGAGAUUCAACUUCGUCCUGGCCUUUGGUCUUGCUGUCCUCGUGGCGACCGUCUAUGGUGCCUCUAAUUCAACUUCAACAGCCAGCAACUCCACUUCGGCCACUACCACCACCACCACCACGACGACUACCACAACCACGACGGUCCCCACCCCCACCGAGAGUGCUACUGACUCCUCCUCGAGCUCCGACAGCGAGGAGGUGAAGAAGCUGAGGCGCAAGCUUCGCAGGCUGAGGCGUCAGGAGAGGCGUCAGGCGAGGCGCCAGGAGAUUCGCCGGGAGAGGCAGGAAAAGCGCGCGGAGAAACGUUCGGAAAGAAGGCGCCAUCGUAGGGGUUAA